AUGUCUGAUACCUGUUUAUGUGGUAAAAAACAAUUAAGUUUAAAUUCGACUAAUUGGUCUAGAUAUGUUAUAUCUUGUAAAAAAAAAAAGAUUUGCUUAGGAAAUUCAAGUAUAUCAAAUUUUUUCAAAGUUCCUGUUGCUUGUACUCAGCCAACAUCAUCAAAUGUUAAAAUGCAUGGACCUGAAAUACUAGAUAACACCAACAAAACUAUUGAAAGUUUGGCUGAAAUGUAUGAACCUGAAACAUUAGAUAACACCAACAAAACUACUGAAGAUUUGGUUGAAAUGAAUGAAUUUGAAACACUUGAUAACGCUAACAAAACUAUUGAAAUUCCAAGGAAAAAUAGUAAGAAUAUCCUGAACUUCAGAAAUUCUGAAAACAGCCAUGACACUGAUAUUACUGAUUCUAUGGAUAUUGGAUUACUGAUUCAGCAGUUAGAAAAGAUUGACUCAAAUAAAAGAGCAGAACUUCUUUUAAAAAUUUGGGAACCAGAUCAUACUUUUAAGUUUCCUAUAAGUGGAGAUAGAAAAUUAAAAUUUCAACUUAGCUGGUUAAAAAAAUGGUCUUGGUUAACUUAUUCAAAAUUGCAUGAUGGUGCAUUUUGUAAAUUUUGUGUUCUUUUUAAAAGAAACGAAGGUGGUCGCGGUAAUCAAAAAUUAGGCAAACUUGUUUUAGAACAAUUUUCUAAUUGGAAAAAAGCUAUUGAAGAGUUCAAUAAACAUGAAAAUACAAAUUACCAUAAAAUGUCAGUUUUGAAUGCUGACAAUUUGUUAUCUGUAUAUAACAAAAAUAUAGAUUCUAUUGAUGUGCAGAUAAAUAAUAGUUUAAAAAUGGAAAUCCAACAAAAUCGUAAGAAAAUACAACCAAUUAUUAAAACUAUUAUUCUGUGUGGUCGUCAAGGAAUAGCCUUAAGAGGCCAUAGAGAUUCGGGACCAAUAGAUCUAAAACACAACACUAAUGAUGGCAACUUUCGAGCUUUGUUACGGUUUAGAGUUGAGGCGGGUGAUAAAGAGCUAACAGACCAUUUACAGAAUGCUCCUCGAAAUGCAUCAUAUCUUAUUUUAGCCGAUGAUACUACAGACAUUGCUGGUAUUGAACAAUUUUCCCUAUGUGCUAGAUAUUUAGACACAACAAAAAUGAUAAUGAGAGAAGAUUUUUUAAAAUUUGUUCCUSUUAGUGAUGUCACUGGAAAGGGAUUAGCGACUACUCUUCUGACAACUUUGGAAGAAAUCGGAAUUGAUGUAAAAUACCUACGUGGUCAAGGGUAUGAUGGUGCCGCGUCCAUGAGUGGACAAUUCAAUGGAGUCCAAGCUCAUAUUACUAAACAUUACCCUCUUGCACAUUAUAUACACUGUAGUUCCCAUAGUCUCAAUUUGGCUAUUUCAGAUGCUUGUAGUAUUCAGUCUAUAAGAAAUUGCACUGGAACUAUUCAAAAAGUUUGUAUUUUUUUUAAAUACCCCMAAAAAAAUAAUGUUUUAUCUGAAUCAAUAGGACGUGUAUGUUCUUCAUCAACUCAUAACCGUUUGAAACUGUUAUGUCCAACAAGAUGGGUAGACCGACAUGACUCAAUCAUUAUUUUCCUCGAGUUAUUUGAUGCAAUAGUUGAUAGUUUAUCAGAAAUUUGUACUUGGCUUGAUAAGGAUGCUUCAUCAGGAGCAUACCAAUUGCUGUGUGCUAUAAGACAACCAGAAUUUAUACUAGCAACUUAUAUACUGGGACACGUGUUGAGUUUGAGUUUACCAUUAAGUAAGUUUCUUCAGACAAAAAAUAUAGAUCUGGUUGAAGCUAUUCAAACCGCUGACAACGUAACAUUGAGAUAUCUAUUCCUCGUACAGCUAACAAGCAAAAAAACAGAUGCAAUGUCCAAGUUGAUUUGCCUGAAGAUUAUUACAGAAUAUCUUUAUUUAUUCCAUUUAUAG